UCGUCAAUCUGCUGCUUGAUACGGGCAAGGUCGAGAUCGACGCGAAAGAUAAUAACGGCCGGACGCCGCUGUCACAUGCCGCCGGGAUGGGCUACGAAACUAUCGUCAAUCUGUUGCUUGAUACGGACAAGGCCGAUGCUAACGCAGAAGAUAAGGAUGGCCGGACGCCGCUGUUAUACGCUGCCGGGAGCGGCUGCGAAACUAUUGUUAAUCGGCUGCUUAAUACGGGCAAGGCCGAGAUCAAUAUUAAAGAUAAGAAUGGCCGGACGCCGCUAUCAUAUGCCGCCGAGAACAGUCACAAAGCCGUCGUCAAUCUCCUACUUGAUACGGGCAAGGCCGAGAUCGACGCGAAGGAUAGAGAGGCCCUGUCCAUGCACAGUUCUAGAAACACGGGUUUUGGAAACUACCAACCUUUUGAUUUCGCUGAUUUAGACGCAGCGUUUUUAAAGACAGAAAGCAGCAAGCUUAAAGUAGAUUAAAGCUGGAGAAAUAUAUUAAGUUAGUAUUUUAUUAUCAAGAGGUUAGGGUGCCCUAGUACACACAUACCCAGAGGUGGGACUAGAAGCUCAACGGUAAAAAGAAAACCAAUAAUAGUGCCAACAAUAC